UUGCUCUGGUCCAGUGUCCAGUGUCCACAGGCUCCCGAGCCUCACUUCUCUUCGUCCUCCUUCCCUUCCCAGCCCAUUUCUCCAUUUUUUCUCCAGCGAAUCUCCUCACUUAACUACUCCCUAUAUGCAAGAAUCUCACAACUGUCAUCCACAUUGCCUCUCCUAGAAAAUUAAUUCCUGAAACACCAAAAAAUAAAAGGAAACAGAUUAGCCUAGACCAGAUCUGUUUGACAGAAAAUUCCAGUAUCCUACCUGCUCAUUCAUCACAUAUGGUAUACGUUAAAACUAUCUGUAGUUCUAUGUAUGCAUAGAUCUUGGGCUUAGAAUUGCCAAAAUUGAGAGUAUCGAAUUGAACUGGGAAAAGGGAAAGAAAAAGAAAGAAAAAAAGCCUUGUAUUAUAUUUAAGGUUUAGAGAAUGGUGUUUUGGGAGGCGUAUGUGAGUGAUGAAUCAAUGGGGACAUUUGCUCCAAUAGUGGUGUAUUGGCUGUAUGCUGGGUUUUACCAGCUGCUUCCACCUCUAGACAAGUAUAGGUUGCAUACUAGAAAGGAGGAAGAUGAGAAGAAUUUGGUGCCUUUGGGGUCAGUUAUUAAAGGUGUCCUUUUGCAACAGCUGGUUCAGGCUGUAGUUGCAGAAUUGCUUUUUCGGUUGACCUCAAAUAUGAAUUCAUCUGGAAUCAUAGUUCAGCCUUCAAUUUUUAUCCAGAUUGUGCAGAUAAUCAUUGCAAUGCUGGUUAUGGACACAUGGCAAUAUUUUGUGCACCGGUACAUGCACCAGAACUUGUUUCUAUACCGACAUAUCCAUUCCCAACACCAUAGGCUGGUUGUCCCUUAUGCCAUUGGGGCCCUGUACAAUCACCCACUUGAAGGUCUUUUAUUAGACACAUUUGGUGGUGCUAUUUCCUUUCUCAUCUCAGGAAUGACUGCAAGAACUGCUGUGAUAUUCUUCUGCUUCGCUGUAGUGAAAACUGUGGAUGAUCAUUGUGGACUAUGGCUUCCUGGUAAUAUUUUCCAUCUACUUUUCCAAAACAAUACUGCAUACCAUGAUAUUCAUCAUCAACUCCAAGGCACAAAGUUCAACUACUCUCAGCCAUUCUUUCCCAUCUGGGACAAGCUUCUAGGAACAUACGUGCCAUACAGACUUGUCAAGCGACCUGAAGGGGGUUUUGAGGCCAGACUGAUCAAAGACUGAUUGCAUCAUUUAUUCAGUUUGUUAUGGUAAAAAGCUUGCACAAUUUGGACCGUGCGACAACCUUGUAAAGGCUGCCUAGAUGGUUUCUAAGACAAUUUAUUUGAGCUCAAUUGAAGCUGCCAGCUCUUAUGCAGUGAUUUUGUUUAUUCCUUUUCCCAUCUCUUAGACUAAUUCCCUUCUGCAUAGAUUUUCAGUUCAAGUUCACUAACCUACCUUUAAAGUUGUAUGUUUAUCCCUGAAGCAUGUGUUGUGCAGUAUUAGUUGUUCCAUCAUUCAUAACUUGCUCGUACUCUGGCAGGUUGACAAUUCUAUAUUGCAGUUUGGUAUUCGUAGGACCUUUCCUUGCAGAGGCAGGAACUGUAACUAGAAAGGCUGAUGAUAGUUACAUUAGAUGUAAUUGUGGUGUUUGCCUUUUAAUCGCAAAUAUAUAUUUUUUCAUUUUUUUC